ACGUCAUCCACAAGGAAGAGCAAUGUGUGAUACCUUUUUAACUGCUGCCUAAUUCUUGUCUUCUGGAAAAAGACUCUGAAGAGCUAAGAGAGCUUGAUCAAAUCAGUCACACAAUUUGGUUAUGGUGUCCACUGAGAUGAUUGGCAAAUUUCUCCUUGUCCUUUAUUUUGUGAUUGCAUCAGCAUACACCGUGUCCGCAACUCAGUGUUUUUCACGUCGAUGUCUGGCUAAUGAUUUCAUUGGAAAGGAAAUCUACAGCGCUCCACAGACACCAGAUUGCUUAAUAAAUGUGAAUCUCACAACCAUCCAAUAUGAAACUCUCUCUUUUAAUUUACAAACUUUGGAAUUCUCCAGUCACCUAAAAGUCUUCAUGGAAUGGAAUGACCCAGAGCUUGCAUGGACAGAUUCACAAUACAAUUUUACUGAACUUUUACUUCCAUAUAAUUAUGUAUGGCUCCCUAAUCUGACGGUGAACAAUGCCAUUUACACAAAGGUGCAACCACUUUCUAAUGACAUAUUAGUGACACGUGAUGGUGCUGUGAACUAUGCCAUAAACAUGUACAUCACUGUGGUGUGUGAUAUGAACCUCUUCGCCUUUCCCUUUGUUAAGGACACAUGCAUAGUUGCCAUCAAAGGAUGGAAUCAAAGCUCUUGUGGAGUGAACUUCCACUUUGGGACUAUAAAUACAGUGGGAGGUCAAGACGGGGAAUGGCAAACUUCGGAUGUGCAACUCUGUGGAGGAAACCUUACCUACAUUCAAAUCACUCUGCACCUCAACCCCUUUAAUGCAAUGGUGUCAUUAGUUCUGCCCACUGCACUCAUUAUGAUAGUCGACCUAGUGAGCUUCACUUUACCUCUGGAUGGGGAACGCAAUGCUUUCAAGAUCAAGUUGGUGUUCAGCUUUGCCAUGUUUCUCCUUAUACUUUCCAAACAACUGCCUGAGGGCAGCUCCUGUAGCCCUCUGAUCUAUUAUCACUUUUGCUUCUGCCUGUUGGUGUUGGUUGUGAGUUUGUUGGUGUCCAUGAUCUUGUCUCGACUGGCAAGAACUGGUAGCGUAUGGGCUAGCAGGUCACAAAAGCAGAAUGGAUCAGGCAGCUCCAAGACUCAACAAGACAAUGGGGUUCAUCAAGAUGCCACUGAAAUGAACAGCAGCAAAGCAAACGCUGUGGAUCUGAUGACAGAAGUAACAUCCAUACAGAAGAUUUCAAGCUUCGUGAAUAAUAUGGACAUGGAGCUAAUAGAGAAAAUGAGAAGACAGGUCUAUGCUAAAUAUUGGGACAAUUUCUUUUUCAAUGUAUAUUUGUCUCUGGAUAUAAUUUACAUGUUAUGUGCAAUUGCUUUCUUUAUAACCAAGGAUUGUAGCAGUGAUAAGUUGGACAUGUAAAACAGCAAUCAUGAACUUGUAUUUCUGUUACUGCUGAUAACACAUAAACUGAUGCAAAUAU